AUGUCGCAUAUUCCGACCCAGAGUGGCGGGGCGUGGAAUGAGAUGACAGUCAUCAAGGUCAACCGGAUUAUGGAGAUAGGCUUCGAGAACGAUCUCCCGCUCAUCUCGUUGGUGCAGUCGCAAGUCUCUGACCAUCAGGCCGGCGUCUUCCUCCCCCAGCAAUUCCGCGUCUUCCACAAAGGAGGCCAGCUCUUCCGCGACCUGGCACUCCGCACGCAGCAUGGCAAGCCCUCGUGCGCCAUCGUCUUCGGCUCGUCGACUGCCGGCGGCGCGUAUCAUCCCGCGCUGUCGGAUUACACCAUCUUCGUCGAGGACCAGGCACAGGUCUUCCUGGGCGGGCCGCCGCUGGUCAAGAUGGCGACUGGCGAGACGAUCGGCGCAGAGGAGCUGGGCGGUGCCAGGAUUCACGGCAUGACGACCGGUCUGGCGGAUCAGAUUGCGACGGAUGAAUUCGACGCCAUCCAAAAGGCCCGCGAGUGGGUUGCUACCCUGCACAGGGACACGCCGCACUGUCUGCCGGAAAUCAUCACUCCGCUGGCCCCUCGCUAUCCCAUCGACGAUAUCCUCGCCAUUGUCAACCCCGACAUCCGCAAGCCGUUUGACAUGCGCGAGGUCCUGCUGCGGAUUGUCGAUGACUCGCGGAUGAUGCUCUUCAAACCCAAGUACGGGACGAAUCUGUUGACUGCGUGGGCGCACGUCAUGGGCUUCCGUGUCGGCAUCGUCGCCAACCAAACGCCGGUCAUCCAUCCCAACGAGGCGGCCAAGGGAGCCCAGUUCAUUCGUCUUUGCAACCAGCAGAACGUGCCCAUCAUCUUCUUCCACAACGUCACCGGCUUCAUGGUCGGCCCCAAAGCCGAGCACGCGGGCAUCAUCAAGAUGGGCGCCCAGAUGGUCUCCGCAGUGAGCUGCUCGACAGUGCCACACAUCUCCAUCAUCCUAGGCGCGUCGUACGGCGCAGGCAACUACGCCAUGUGCGGGCGGGCCUACAAGCCUCGAUUCCUCUUCACCUGGCCGACGGGCCGGUGCAGCGUCAUGGGGCCAGACCAGCUGGCGGGCGUGAUGGAGACGGUGCAGCACGCGAGCGCAAAGGCCAAGGGCCAGACGCUCUCGCCGGAGAAGCUGAAGGCGCAGGUGCAGCGCUUCCGCGACGAGGUCGCCCGCGACGCUGAGUGCUAUGCUACCAGCAGCAUGCUUAUCGACGACGGCAUCAUCGAUCCCCGCGAUACGCGCGAUGUUCUGGACCAUAUCAGAACUUUGCCGCCAGCACCCGCUCUACUUUCUAUUCAUCUUAUCUGUUCACCUCGAUUGGCGGCUGCUCAUCAGGUUUCUAGCUAUAGAAUGGUUCUGUUGAGGUGGUUCGCCGAAGCUUUUCUGAUCCAGCUUGAACGAGUGUCUUACUUCUCAACGAUUCAGUAUGGUCCAGCUGAUUAG